AUGAGGAGGAGGGGGCGGCGGCAGGCAGGACAAGCCAGAAGAACUGCCCAUGGAGCCUCCGUACACCAGCGUACGUUGGUACCUACAUUCAACACGUUCAGGGCCGACAUUGCACAGCAUCUUCCAAGAAUCUACAGAUCAGGAAGCGUCCGGGCUGGUCAGCGGACACGGCGCGCGCGGACUAGUUCAAGGGUGGGUGUAGUGAGUGAGUAUGGGGGGAGGGUUUGGGGGGGGGACGGGGGUGAAGGUGGUGGGCGGGGGGUAGAGGGGAAGGAGGGGGGGAGGGGAUGUAGGGGGGGGGGGGGGGGUGCAGGGGGGUUAGCGGGGGUAGGUAGGGGGGGAGAGGGGGGGGGGGGGGGGGGGGGGGGGGGGGGGGGGGGGGGGGGGGGGAGGGAGUGGGGUUGGGGAGGGGAUGUUUUAGGGGGGGGGGAGGCGGGGGGGGGGUGGGUAGGGGGGACAGGUAGAAGCUACCGGUCACAGGAGGUGCUUGCAGAUCUCCUUCUUACAGUUGCUCGUGAGCGGCCGCUGAGGGUGGGGGGACAUCGCAGAGCGGGCUCGACAAGAACGACCAUGAGGAGCGGGAACUUUGGCUUCAAGAACACAGCCGAGGAGGAGCCGCGGCCGGUGGUGGGCGGGGCCUUUAGGGACGAGGAGCGGGCGCUUAUUUUGAGAGGAAUGCAGCGAUUGGCAGGACGAGGUAGGUCUCGUGCCAAGCAGAGGGCAGCGUUCCUGACUGUGCUGGCCAAUGGUUUCCGUGGAGAUGACGACAUAAUGGGGGGGAGGGGAGGGACGAGGCGCUCUGCAGCGACAGGAGGGGGGAGGAGGGAGCCGUGGGUCGCUUCAGUGAAGGCCCCCCCCACUCGGGAGCACCGCCGCAAAGACUUCCGGGAAACUCUGAAGAAGGAGAGAGCACAGAGGCCCCGCCUUCAGCUGAAGCCACGUACAGUAGCUGGUCCCUCUAACCAGGUGGCCAAACCCUAA